AUGAUCGCGGGAUGCUUGAGGAAGAACAGUUUAAAGGAAGCACUGAAACUGUUGGACGAAAUGACCCAGCAGUACAAAAUAGAGGUGAAGGAGACAGAGAGGAUGAGAAGAAACCCAAAUUGCUUCAUCUCACAUGUCUUUAUAGAAUCGUCUGAUGUAAGGGGAGCAAUGAAAAUAGGAAAAUCUCUUGUAGCAAUUGUGGGAUUGGGAGCCAAUGUAGUUACUCUUCUUCUUAUUUUGAUACUCACAGUAACGAGAAGGAGUUGGAGAUGUAACAGAAGGAAAAGCCACAUUGAGAAGAGUGUGCUGUAUGUAAUACCUGCACUUGGAGCAUGUUUGUCUUGCGUGGACCUUGUGAUGGUUGUGAGGACAGUGCCUAAGAGAGAUUACAUUCUUUGCUUUCUCCCUCUGUCUCGUUUCGCAAUGUGGAGUGCCGUCAUGCUCUCAUCGAAGCUUUCAUGUGGUUGCUGCGUUUUCAGUAGCCGAAUCCUAUCUUUCUGGUGGAUCUUUAGAUUCCUAAUGGAAUCGUUUCAUCUCAACAUGAUUUUCACUUUACAGACUUUGGAGAUUUGCCUGAUCAUGUUGGACAUUGCUUUUGGUAUCUCUAUCAACGUCCUUAGGAUAAAGCAGGCACCUCCCAAGAUCAGUUCUUUGGAAGAUCCACUUAUCGAGGAAAGUGAUGACCAAAGUCGCAUUGAGAGAACUAGCAGCUGGUGGGAUAUAUUCACUUUCGGAUACAUCAGUUUAGUAAUGAAACAUGGCUCGAUGAAGCAGCUCGAGUUUGAGGAUCUACUUCCACUUCCACCUGAUAUGGAUCCUUCUACAUGUUGUGAGAACUUAUUGAGAUGCUGGCAACUUCAAGAGUGCAAUAAUUGCUCGAAUCCAUCACUGUUCUGGUCAAUUUCUGGCGUGUAUGGAUGGCCAUAUUUUCGUCUUGGACUCUUGAAGGUGUUCAAUGAUUGCAUCGGCUUUGCAGGCCCCUUAUUGCUCAACAGACUUAUCAAGUAUCUUGAAAAAGCGAACCGGUCAGGAUUUUCUGAGGGAGAGAUUCAAACAUUUAUGUCGGUGGAUGCUGACCGCAUUGUCAAUUUGUGCAACAGUUUGCAUGAUAUGUGGAGCCUGCCUCUGCAAAUUGGGAUAGCUUUGUAUCUUUUGUACACUCAAGUCAAGUUUGCUUUUCUGUCUGGACUUGCAAUUACCAUCUUACUGAUACCAGUCAAUAAAUGGAUUUCUGUGCUGAUUGCGUCUGCAACCGAGAAAAUGAUGAAGCUAAAAGAUGAGAGGAUUAGAAAGACGGGAGAGCUUCUAACAAACAUCCGCACACUGAAAAUGUAUGCGUGGGAUAACUGGUUUGCUGAUUGGUUGAAGGAAACAAGAGCCACUGAAGUGACUCACCUAGCGACGCGGAAGUAUUUGGAUGCUUGGUGUGUUUUCUUUUGGGCAACGACACCAACUCUUUUUUCUCUUUGCACUUUUGGUCUCUUUGCACUGAUGGGCCAUCAACUUGAUGCAGCGACGGUUUUUACUUGUCUUGCUUUGUUUAAUAGCCUAAUCUCUCCAUUAAACUCGUUUCCAUGGGUCAUCAAUGGCCUUAUUGAUGCCUUUAUAUCCACCAGGCGUGUGAGCAAGUUUCUCUGUUGUAUGGAGCAUAAUAAAGAUUCAUCUAUAGAUUCUGGUUUGAUCUCUGAAGACUUAGCUGUCUUUGUAGAAAAUGCAUCUUGUAUUUGGUCAAGUAAUGUUGGAGAGGAACAUAACUUGACAAUAAAACACGUAAGCCUAAGAGUGCCAAAGGGAUCAUUUGUUGCAAUCAUCGGUGAGGUUGGUUCAGGUAAAACAUCUUUGUUGAAUUCACUGUUAGGUGAAAUGCAGUGUGUUCAUGGAUCAAUACUAUUAAAUGGCUCUGUGGCUUACAUUCCACAGGUCCCGUGGAUUUUAUCUGGAACUGUACGCGAGAACAUUUUAUUUGGAAAGACUUUUGACUCCAACAGGUAUUUUGACACACUGAGUGCUUGCGCACUAGAUGUGGAUAUUUCACUUAUGGUCGGAGGUGACAUGGCAUUUAUAGGCGACAAAGGAGUUAACUUAUCUGGAGGACAGAGAGCUCGGCUUGCUUUGGCCAGGGCUAUUUAUCAUGGUUCAGACAUGUAUCUGCUUGAUGAUGUACUGAGUGCAGUGGAUUCACAAGUAGGCUGUUGGAUUUUGCAAAGAGCACUUGUGGGUCCUCUGUUGAGCAAAAAGACUCGCAUUAUGUGUACUCACAACAUUCAGGCGAUAUCUUGUGCAGAUAUGGUUGUUGUGAUGGACAAAGGAACAGUGAAAUGGUCAGGAACUGUUACCGAUAUGCCCAAAUCCAUCUCUCCAACAUUUUCUGUAUCCAAUGAGUUUGAUAUGUCGUCCUCAAAGCACUUUACCAAAGGAAAAGAAUUUCUUCUUAUCAAGAAAGAGGAUGUAGAUGAAGUUAGUGAAGCUGCAGAUAUUAUCAAAGUGGAGGAGAGAAAAGAAGGCCGAGUUGAAGUAACCGUUUAUAGGAACUACGCUGUAUUUUCUGGUUGGUUCAUUACAAUUGUGAUAUUGGUUUCUGCGGUUCUGAUGCAAGCUUCCCGUAAUGGGAAUGAUUUGUGGCUAUCAUAUUGGGUUGAUCAGACGGGAAGAGGAGUAACACAUUACUCAACCUCGUUUUACUUGAUGGUUCUCUGUAUCUUUUGCAUCAUUAACUCAAUAUUAACCUUGGUGAGGGCAUUCUCGUUUGCAUUUGGAGGGUUAAAAGCUGCAGUGCGUGUUCACAGUGCAUUAAUCUGUAAGCUUAUCAAUGCACCUACACAGUUCUUUGAUCAGACACCAAGCGGAAGAAUACUUAACAGGUUUUCCUCUGAUUUGUAUACAAUCGAUGACUCUCUUCCGUUUAUUCUCAACAUUCUUCUAGCAAAUUUUGUUGGCUUGUUAGGGAUUGUUGUAGUUUUGUCUUAUGUUCAGGUUCUAUUCCUGCUUCUGCUUCUGCCAUUUUGGUAUAUAUACAGCAAGCUUCAGUUCUUCUACAGGUCAACAUCAAGGGAGCUACGAAGGUUAGACAGUGUUUCACGAUCACCAAUCUAUGCAUCCUUCACGGAGACGCUUGAUGGAUCAUCAACUAUCAGAGCUUUUCAGUCAGAGGAGCAUUUCGUAGCUAGAUUUAUCGAGCACUUGACAUUAUACCAACGGACUUCUUACUCAGAGAUAAUUGCAAGCUUGUGGCUCUCCUUGCGUCUUCAGUUGUUAGGAGCAAUGAUCGUCUUAUUUGUUGCUAUAAUGGCUGUUAUCGGUUCCCGGGGAAACUUUCCCAUCAGUUUUGGUACACCUGGAUUGGUGGGAUUGGCGUUAUCAUAUGCAGCUCCACUGGUUUCUCUGUUAGGAAGCUUCUUAACAAGUUUUACCGAAACAGAGAAGGAGAUGGUCUCUGUUGAAAGGGUUCUCCAGUACAUGGAUGUGCCUCAAGAAAAAGUUUCCGGUAGCCAAUCUCUCACCGGUAAGUGGCCGGUUCAAGGAACGGUUGAGUUUCAGAACGUGACUAUGAGGUACAUCUCAACUCUGCCUCCUGCGCUCAACCACAUCUCUUUUACAAUCCAAGGAGGAACACAGGUGGGAGUAAUCGGAAGAACCGGCGCCGGAAAAUCAUCGAUCUUGAAUGCUCUUUUCCGGCUCACCCCUGUCUGUAGUGGAGAUAUAAUGGUGGAUGGAGUUAACGUAAACCAUCUUCCAGUAAGAGAGCUUCGUUCUCGCCUCGCUGUUGUUCCUCAGAGCCCUUUCCUGUUUCAAGGAUCAUUGAGGGAUAAUCUUGAUCCUCUUGGGUUGAGUGAGGACUGGAGAAUAUGGGAGAUCUUAGAGAAGUGUAAAGUAAAGACAGAGGUAGAAAAUGCAGGAGGGUUAGAUUCGAAUGUAAAGGAAUCUGGAUGUUCCUUCUCCGUUGGGCAGAGACAGCUUCUGUGUCUUGCACGUGCUCUGCUCAAGUCAUCUAAGAUCCUGUGCCUCGAUGAAUGCACCGCCAACAUCGAUGUUCACACGGCUUCCUUACUUCACAACGCAAUCUCGAGUGAGUGUAAAGGCGUAACAGUCAUUACCAUCGCUCACCGCAUCUCAACGGUUCUUGACUUGGACAGCAUCUUGAUCCUUGAUCGCGGAAUCCUGGUUGAACAAGGAGAACCACAACUUCUUCUGCAAGAUGACUCCUCAGCUUUCUCAAGCUUUGUUAGAGCUUCAAAGUGA